AUGUGGAAGAAGUACUACCGUGAGACCACAGAGGAGAGAAAAGAAAGACAGAGGUUAACUGAAGAAAACAUCGACAAGAAGGUUGAGAUUGUGGUUGAGAAGAAAUCAGCGUCGCCUGUCGUGCCGGGUGAUAGCAGACGGAGUAAGGAAGAGGCUCCAUUAGUCGCUGAUGACAUCGCCGCCGUCGAAGAAGCAAUGCAUGAUAUCGAUGCCAUAGAUGAGGAUGAGGAUGACGAUGACACUCUACAGUAUCUCAAUACUGGCGCCUAUGACGAUGGAGGAUUGAUGGCUCAGCAGUAUGAGUACUCAGAGUUUGAGCGUCAUGAUUCGGUGCCUGAAUUGCCGCCUCCGGAGGCUGAACGUAUUAUAGACGACCUUCCAGCACCAAAGAAGCAUAGGAAGAGAGCGAGGAAAGGACACAAUAAAGCUGCUGCUAUGAUCCAUCCGCCUCCGCAGCCUCGGGUUCAAGACCUCUGCGCAAAGCACCGUGAAUACGCGAGGGACUACAUCGUCGAAUUCAUGGUCGCCAAUAAGGAGACGAUUCUCGUGCCUUAUCAUCCCAUCGUUGAUCCGGAUCCCAUUCCCGCCACCACAACGCUGGUAUCCAAGGUGCUCAACCACGACAACCUUUCCCCGGCCGCCCCGUCCCCUGCAGCAGCAGCCACAGACGGUUCCAGGGCCGAUCCCAUUCCAAGCACGGCAUCUGUGGAUGCCAAGAAGCGGCCAUGUUCCAUGAAGCCGGCCGACCCCAUAUCCAAGGACGCCGACAAUACUAGUUCUUCACUAGCACCCCUGGACGACGAGGAUCUCCUCCAAGAGAUCCUUCUCCGCCUCCCUCCUAAGCCAUCUGUACUCCCCCGCGCCUCCCUUGUCUGCACACGCUGGCGCAGGAUCCUCUCCGACACACAAUUCCUCAGCCGCUACCGCAAACACCACAGGAAACCUCCCUUGUUGGGCUUCUUUGCAGGAUCUACUAGUACACACCAUGACUUUGUUCCUGUUCUGGAUAAGAAGCCUGACUGCAUCCCAACCGCGCGCUUCUCCGUGCCCAAGAGCAGCAAAUCAUAUCACCACUGGGACUUCCUCGGCUGCCGCCACGGGCUCGCUAUCCUACUCAUCAAUUGGCGACGGGAGGUCAUUGUGUGGGAUCCCCUCACCGGACAGCAGCACCGCAUGUCUUCUCCUCCGGGACUUCAUGAAACCGAAGGGGAGAAAUUCUGGGUUUGGCACGCCGCCGUGCUGUGUGCUGAUGAUGAGGAUGGACAUGUGCACGGCGAUUGCUUCUCUAGCCCGUUUAAAUUGGUUUUGGUGUGCAGCGGACGCACGCAGGCUUCCGCUUGCCUCUAUGAAUCGUUGUCUGGUGUAUGGAGAAAUAUUGUCUUGACGACGACCACAGAAGCGAUUCUUCAAUUCAGGCCAAGCAUCCUCAUCGGAAAUGCACUUUUCUGGUUGUUAAGUGCAGGUGGGGUCCUUGCAUUUGAUAUUGACAGGCCGAGUCUUGGUGAGAUCGAGAAACCGGUGGACGCUCAUCAUACCGACUGCUUUUCCUUUCAGCUCUUACGGACAGAUGAUAGUGGCCUUGGCUUUGCAGUUCUUUCAAAACUGAGUAUCCAUAUAUGGGAGAAGAAAUUGAACUCUGAUGCUAUCCAAUGGGUGCCGCUGCAGAAAAUCUUUCCACGGGGAAUGCGUAGCGACCUCAAAGAGGUGGAGAUGGUGGGUUAUGAAGAGCAGGCCCGUACGGCAAGCAUGUGCAGAGUGUGCGAUUGCACAGGGCCUCUAAAAGUUUGGGGCCCCCAAAAUUAUCUUAAAUAGCAUUUAAUAGUAAUAAUCAGAACAAUAAUCAAGGAAUGGUAUAGAUUUCCGGUGCAACGAUCCAGUUUCCAAUGCCAACUACUAGUUCCAAACUCCAAGUCCAACAAAUACACAAGCACAGGCAUUUCUGACCCCCCUCAUUUGGAUUAUAAAAUUUUCCCAUGCA